AUGGACGGUAUUGGAGCCAAAGUUGGGGAAAACCAACCUGUCAAAACUCAAAAAUAUUUCGCGGCGGCUCAGAUUUGCCUGAGAGCUUUGGUCACGGCGGCGACGCUGGCUGCUGCGUGGAUUAUGCUCACCACCAAGGAAACUGUGGUGGUUUUUGGAAUCGUCGUUGACGCCCGAUAUAGUUAUUCCUCCGCUUUCAAGUUCUUUGCAGUUGCAAAUCUUGUUGCGUGCGUCACUUCAGCGUUGUGUUUGCUAUUCACUUCAGUGCUGGGUCAUAAAGAUUUGGGCUCGAAGAAUUACUUCUACAUGUUCCUGGUUGAUUUGGUUAUAAUCGUUUUAAGUUGUCGUAUAUUCAUGUAUUAUCCACAUGAGUUUGAACUUCGACAGGUUGUGAUGAUAUUGUUGAUGGCCGGAUGCGCCGCCGCCACGGCAAUCGGAUUUGUAGGCCGGUAUGGGAAUAGCCACACUGGAUGGAUGGCAAUCUGUGACCACUUUGCCAAAUUCUGUAACAGAGCGACUGUUUCUGUGAUGUUUUCCUUCUUGGCUUUCAUUCUCUAUCUAUGCCUCACCAUCAUCUCUGCUAACAAGUCCAGACAAAUUCAAGCUUGA